UUCUUCCCCACAUCAUGCACAACCUUUUGUGUGAACACACUGAAUUGUGCAAAUGCAAGAAACCGUGUCAGAAACAACAGACCUAGUCUGUACCACAGACUCCAUGCAUUCAACAGCAGCAAGGAUACAAAUGUAAAGAAGAAUUUGAAGACCUCCUGUUGAACUUCACAACUUUUUUUGAGAAGUCUUUUAUUUUGUCCUUGUUGCAGUAAACCAUGGUUGGGAUUCUUAAAGUCAUCAGCCAUAUCUAUGCUUUUCUACUUAUUUGCUCCUACCACAAAAGCCAUUGCAAGAACUCAUCUUCUUUAAUGGUGAGGUUUCGCGUCAAAGAAGAAGUGCCCAUUGGCACACUUAUAGGACACAUUUCUGAUGUUCCCGGCUGGAUAAAGGAUUUGAAUGAGGAAUACCAGAUCAUGCAGGAGACUAAUUCUUUUCCAGUGCAAGUGGGCUUGAAAAGUGGAUCAAUAACAACCACGGGACGUCUGGAUAGAGAACAGCUUUGUCAUGUCCACGGACAUUGUAUCUUGUCUUUUAAUGUCCUGGCUACCAAGGUCUUGUCAUUAGUACAUGUAGAAGUUGAAGUUUUGGAUAUUAAUGAUAAUGAACCAAUAUUCCCUAAACCGGAACUGGAUUUGGAGAUAUCAGAGAGUGCAUCUCUACGCACAAGGAUUCCUCUUGACAGAGCAUGGGAUCCUGACAGUGGCAGCAAUGCUGUAAAGCUAUAUACCCUUUCACCCAAUGACCACUUCACUUUAAAUAUUACUUCUAGUUCUGAUGGUAAACAUCCAGAAUUGGUGGUGGUAAAGGAGCUUGAUAGAGAACAGCAAUCUUCUUUCAAUCUAGUCCUAACUGCAUUGGAUGGAGGGCAUCCACAAAAAUCUGGGACUGUUCAAGUCAAAAUUAAUGUUUUGGACUCUAAUGAUAACAGCCCAACCUUUGGGGAAAACUCUGUUAUUAUAGAAGUCUCAGAAGACACAUCACCUGGUACAAUCCUCAUAAAUCUUACUGCUACUGACCCAGAUCAAGGUCAAAAUGGGGAAAUAGAGUUCUCAUUUAGUAAACAUAAUUCUCACCAUGUCCUCAAUAUGUUCACCAUUGACUCAAAAUCAGGUGGAAUAGUUUUGAGAAAGUCACUUGAUCAUGAGGAAAGAAGUUCUUAUGAACUAGAUGUGCAGGCAAAGGAUUUAGGACCUAAUCCUAUCCCUACCCACUGCAAAGUAGUCAUCAAGGUUUUAGAUAUUAAUGAUAAUGCACCAGAUAUUAAAGUCACUUGGGCUUCCAAAGAUUCAUCAGAGAUUGUGGUAUCUGAAGCUGUUCCACUGGGUAGCUUUGUAGCUCUGAUUAUACUCAAUGAUCCAGAUUCAGGUGAGAAUGGACAAGUGCACUGCCAUUUAGUUCAAGAUCAUUCACAUUUUACUUUGCAGAAAUCAAAUGGCAACAGUUAUAUUUUAAUAACCAAUGCCAUACUGGACAGAGAAAAGUGGGAUGAGUAUGAAAUAACCAUCCAAGCUAAAGAUCAAGGUGAGCCCUCAUUUUCUGCUACAAAAUCCUUAAAAAUUCGAGUGAGUGAUGCAAAUGACAACCCUCCCAUUUUUGAGAGGCUGAGUUAUGAUGUCUUACUAGAUGAAAACAAUGGUCCUUUCAGUCAUCUCCUUUCUUUAAAUGCUCAUGAUAUUGAUCUGGGAGAUAAUGCUGAAGUCACAUACAGUAUUGUUGACUCUGUCAUCUAUGGAAUACCAGUAUCUACAUUAGUUUCCAUCCACCCCAGAACAGGUGAGAUUGUUGUUCUUAAGUCCAUAGACUAUGAGGAAAUUAAAGAAAUUCAGUUCUUGGUCCAAGCAGAAGAUAAUGGUAACCCUAGACUUGGCAGCAAUGCUUCAGUCAAAAUAUUUGUAAAGGACAAAAACGAUAAUAGUCCACUAAUUAUGCAACCAAAGCUUAAGAGAGGCCGGGCUAGCAUUACAGUCCUAGUUAAUGCUGAGACAGGAUAUUUUCUUUCUGCCAUGGAAGUUUCCAGUUCAGAAGCUUUUGGAUAUACUUCAGAUGAAAUAUUAUCAGAGACUGCAAAGCUCAAUAUACACCCACUAUAUCAAGUUGUAGCUACUGAUGCAGACUCAGAAGAAAAUGCUAAACUUAUCUACCACCUAAAAGGUAACCACCAAGGCUUAUUUAUUAUGAAUGAACAUUUAGGACAUAUAUACCUAAAUGCAAGCAAUGCCAGUAACCUUAUUGGAAAUGCAUUUGACUUGGAGGUCACGGUUGUAGAUUGUGGAACACCUCAUCAAGAGGCAAAAGCUCUUCUUCAAGUUAUGUUCAGUAGCCACUUGGACCACCUGAAAAAUUCAGCAAGUGAAUCCAAUGGAAAGCUAAGCUUAUCUAUGGUGAUUGUUAUUUGUCUGGCUGUCCUUUUGGCUGUAUGUCUUCUAAUUUUAGCUCUUGUAAUGUCCUUUUGUCGAGUAGAUAGGAAGGACAACAGAGCUUACAACUGUAGGGAAGAAGAAUCAGCUUAUAGAAAGCAACCAAGGAGACCCCAAAGGCAAAUUCAUAAGACAGAUAUCCAUGUGGUUCCUGUACUCAGAGGUAGGCAACAACAACAGGCCGUCACACCAAUAGAAGAAGUCAAACCAUUUCCUAACUCAGAGGAAGGUGAAAAGAUUGCAGAAGGUGAAUUCCUCCAUACUCCUUUUCAUCUAACACCAACUCUUUACCGCACAUUAAGAAACCAGCACAAUCAGGAUACACUUAAAGAAGAUACUACAGAUUUAGAACAAUCAUUCUCUUUGCCCCCCUCUGUAUGCCGAACUUUACAGUACCAAAGACAGAGAAGUUGCUCAAGAGAAAACCUCCAAGACACGCAUGGAACCCUUCCUGUAAGCAACAAAAUAUUAAAAAAUCCAGGAAGUCCCCAAAUAAGAGCAUAUGAUGAAACCAGUUCAUCAGAACCCAUGAUAUUCAAUGAAGGAGAGUUUUCGCCAGCGAUGUCUCCAACGCUGAGACGUCAAAAGAAUGCAGAGCAAUCGUCUAAGGAACAAAUAAUCAGAAACCUAGUACGUCUGUCUAUGGUAGCAUUGGCAGAGAAAGAAGCAGUAGAACUCACAAUGCAAUCCCCACAUGUCCAGCAAAUUUCUCAGCUCUUGUCUCUGCUCCACCAAGGGCAAGUUCACCCCAAGACACUUCACAGAGGGAACAAAUACUCAUCUAAAACUGGCAGAUCUAUAGGACAAGAGGUGGACUGGCAGAGUACAAAGGACAGUGGGCAUGGUGAAAGUGAGGCUGGCGACUUGGAUUCUGAGGCAGGAGGAGAUUUUUCUGCUACCCAUCAAAUGGUAGAGGACAAUCUGGAGGCUCUUUUUGGUCCAUGUAUAGGUACAGAGACCAAUCGGUUGAGUGAUCUAGAUCCAGGGUGGAUUGCCCGUCUCUCCUUGCCUUUAGGCAACAACUACAAGGAGAAUAUCUUUACCCCAAGCACUCAAAUCACUCAGGAGCCUACAAUAACAGCAGCAGACAAAGAAGAUCUUAGAACCUUCCUAACAUUUGGUAAAGCUUCUGAUGGGUCACAAGAGAAUCGACUGGCCAGCACCUUCCUUUCUGAAAUGAGUUCUCUAUUUGAGAUGCUGUUAAUGCAGAAAGCUGAAUCUCAUGGAAACGCUACUUCCGAGGUCCUUAUGAGGCUGUCUUCUUGCAGCAAGAGUGUGGGCAUGGACAGUAAUAUAAGUGAUGGUCCCAAGAAUUAACAAGAAGACUGUUAACUGAGGGUCAAUAUAGAUGAUAGGGCAAGUGGAUCUAGCCCCCACCAUUGUGAUUUAUAUGGCACUUAGGAAUAAGAAGACUCUGAAUUCAUACUGACUGAAUGGAAGAACUGUAGAUAUAAGAUUGAAAGGGCAUUUGGCAACACUUGCUUGAAUUGAUGAAUAUGGAGUAUUGAUGACUUGUACAGUAUGGUCACUAAGAGUAGAAACUAGGAUUCUCUUAUUAUGCAAGACAGUAGAACAUAAC